GAACCUCGACACACACACACACAGAAAGAGAGAGAGAGAGAGAGAGAGAAGUGCAUGCAAGCCAGAUUCAUAAAACGGGAAUUGUUCCUCCUUGUCGUCAGUUUCACUUUGAGUUUCCGACAAAGUGGUCGUAUAAAGGUGUUACCAAUUAAAAGUUACAAUUAUUCGUUCGUGAUUAAAAAGAAGAAGAAGAAGAAAAGGAACACACACGAAAAGAAGAGAUAUAAAACUUUAAAAAAAAAAUAUAUAUAUAUAUGUGACAUAUAUUUGAAAAAUAUUUAUAAUUACGAAUUUCGAUUAAUCGUCUUGCAAACGUUAAUAUUAAUAUCACUCUUCCCCCUUAAAACAUCCCCGUGUAUUUUUUUUCCUACCCAUAAGAGACAAAAAAAUCCAUCAAGAAAUUCGAAUUAUAAUAAAAGAGAGAGAGAGAGAGAGGAGGAGAAAAAAGUACACUUCACAAUCGUUGAUUAUUUUUGUAAUAAAGAAUACUCGAAAGGAAAACAAAAUCAAGCACGGGAUUGGAGGGAUUGGUGGAUAUUUUGUUGUAAAUAUAUGUACGAUAAACGACAAGGAAAAUAACAUAAUGAAAGCUAAUACGGCUGCUACAAAAAUUCAAGCGAAUUUUCGCGGUUAUCGUGUUAGAAAACAACUUAAAGAUAUAAAACCGCAACAACAAUAUCAACAACAACAGCAACAACAAUUGCAACCUAAAAGACAACAAAGUGAUGAAGAAUCGUUAACGUCUUCCUCCAGUACGUCUACAUUGAAAAGACAAAAUACAAGAGAAGCAUUGGAAGAAAAAUCAGCAACCAAAAUACAAGCUGGUAUUCGUGGAUAUCUCGUUAGAAAAAAACAACAGGCAGAACAAUUGGCAGCAACUAGAAUUCAAGCUGGUUUUCGUGGAUUCAGGACGAGGAAAUUGCUCAAACAAAAUGGACAGUGACAUAUUAUUUCAACAACAUUAUCCCAAAUUGUGGAUUAUUAAAGAAAAAUACAAUUAAUUAACGAGUAACCCCCUCCCCCUCCUCCCAAUCCCACACCGAGAGGAGUACACACCUUCGUUUAUAUUAUUAUUAUUAUUUUUUUUUUCUUUUUUCCUUUUACGCGUUAUUUCAAAUAUUUUAUCCUCGUUCGAUAUUAUUAUUCUCAUUUUAUUUCUAUAUUAUUUUAAUAUAACAACAACAACAAAAUACAAGAGCUUUGUUCCAUCCUUGUCCCCAUUAUUCGCAACGUUAAUUGUUCGUUCAAUUAAUAAAGGAUAAUUAAAGGAUAGAAUCCACAUGAUGAUAAACCAGUACCAUUUUACCCUUCGUAUCUAUGAAGCAGUUCGUUGAGUGUAACACCCACGUGCAAGCAAUUCAGUCAGUGCCGAGGAAAAUAUAAACGAGAAAGAAAGAAAGAAAGGAAGGAAGGAAGGAAGAUGGUAUUGACCUAGUUUUGAUGCACCAUGCAAUAUGGCUUAUUCUUUUUUCAAUUAUCCUAACUCACGAUCACACAAUUUAAACGAGAAUAUAAAAGGAAUAAAAAGAAAUAAGGUGUUAUCAUUAAACCAUACAUCUGAAUUGUUCUAUUCGAACAAAUAGAAAACAAAAUUACAAUUUAAAUAAUUGAAUAAUAAAAUAACAACAACAACAACAACAAAACUUAUGCGAGUAAGAAAGAAAUAAAGUGGAAUAUGUUUAAAGGGAUGCGCGAACAAAAUAUUUCAACUAAGAAAAUUACGGUCAACGAAUAAAUAAUAUUGGAACGUAAUUAAAAUGAUGGCAUGCAACAUGACGUAUGUUAAAACGAAACAAGAUGCGAAAACUGGAACGAGAGAGAUUUAUUCUCAACUUUCCUCAAGACCUGACUCAUCGUCGUCAUCGUCAACCCUCCUCCUCCUCCUCCUCCACCUCCUUCUUCUUCUUUUCAUACAAGUGUGUCCGGCCGAUGGACGUUGAUGAUUCGUUACAAAAAUAUACAUUGCUUGCACUUUAAGCCCAUGAUGUCGUGCGAAGAAUUUCACCUUGACGAGAGAAUUAUUCCUAGAGACAUUUGACGUAACUGUUCGUACAAAUAUGAAGGGUAAAGUGCCCGUGAUGCUUUUGCAUUUUCUAAUCUUCUCUCUCUCUCUCUCUCUCUUUCUUGUUCUGUGUUUCUUAUUCGUUAAAGUUUCCUCAAUAUAUAUUGUGCAUACAAUUA